AUGUCAGAAAGAUAUUUGCCUAUCGGUGCACUAGGAAGCAAAUAUCAAUCAAUAACGGUUUUACACCAGAAAACAAACAAUACCAAUUCUCAUAUACAGCAUAUUUUUCUUUGUCGGUAAUUAUAUAACCCUAACUACAGUGCGACUCAAUAUUUUAUAUUGAAAAUUGUAUUUCUUCUGAUCAUAAUGAGUGAAGUAGCUGAAAAUGAGCUCAGGCAAACUAUUAGUGUUUUACAAGAUAUUGAAGAUGGUACACUGCCUAGUGGUCUAAUAGAUAAAGGCUUUUUGAAAGAUUUUCGUUAUUCAAGGGAUAUUGAAAAUGAUAAAAAGACUAUGUCAAAAUCUACACAAGCAAAUUUAGACAGGUACAUAUGGGAUAAAGAACUGAGUAAUGAAGCACCAUCCAAAAACUUCUGGAAAGUAGUGGCUGAGAAAAGACGUGUUGCAUUAUCAAAAGCCCUGAGCGACAAUGAGGAGCUACAUAAACGUAUAGAUGCCCUGACUGAGGAGAAUGCUCAAUUCAAGGACAAGCUAGAUGAAGCCAAUAGCUUUAUAGAAGUUUGCAAGGAGCUGUUGGAAGAGGAUGGGGACGAUACUGGUAUUGAUGUCGGUGAUUUGAGUCAAUGUAAUGGUGCUAUUGAAAAUUAAAAUACCUACAUUGGUACUAUAAUAUGUACUAUGGCCAUGCAGGAAAUGCACCAAAGUUGUGAGAUAUUUUUUUUAUGUGUGCUGUUUUAUUAAAAUGUAGAAUCUUACAAUAUAUAAGUAAGAAUUAUGAUCUUGUUCAUUAUAAAUGACUAGCCUAUUAAAUGUGGUAGUUAUAUAUUUAGAUGAAAUAAUUGUGAAACUAGUUCUAUCUUUAUAACUUUAGCACAUUUUAGUUUCAUGAUUUAAUAACUAAAUACAUUUGGAAUACAGAAUUUGUUUCACACUUAAACUUUAUUUCGAAUAUAUUCUGGGUACAUUCUAAGGUAGGACCCAAAUAUAGGUUUUCAUUAUGUCUGUAGUCAGUAUAAGGUCCCACAAUUAUUGGUUCAAUAAAAUUGCCUUUAUUAUUUCACCUAUUUAUGACCUGUGUUUUUAAUCCGUAGAGUUCUUGUGUCCGUCCUCGGAAUUUAAAUAUUCUCUUAACAAAUUUUAAUGAAUAUUGUUAUCAGUUAUCAUUGACAAUGGCACUUGCAUAUUUUAAAUAAUGCCAAUGGAUAAUUAAUGUUGUUAUACCCUAUAUAUAAUAUUUGUAGAUUGUACCUAUGCAUACAGUUUAUUAAUAGAAUUUUAUGACUGUAAUACAAAUCUGCGUGUGUGAUUUUCGUAGGUCUUGUUUUCUCCUAUGUAUACAAUUCAGCUAAAGAUUUAUCUUUUUUCAUGAUAUUUUAAAAUAGUAUUUGCGACACGUAACUCAUGGUAAAUUUAUAGAGUAAAAUAUAUUAUGUCUAUGUUUUGUACAAGUUUUACUAUUUCAUAUUCUACAAUAGCGACAUCAUAAUCACAUUAAGUUAACUGUAGUAACAUGUCUAUAAUUUUAAAAAAUGUGCAUUUAAUUGUUUUUGUAUUGGCACAGGUUUUUAAGUAAGUAUUAUUUAAUGUUCAAUUAAACAACUGCAUAUUGCGGUUACAUACUUAAACCAUGCUACAAGACUGAUAAUUAUCUAAGUAAUCUAAGUAAUUAAUUUACCCAAUCUGUAGAAUGCCUGGUGGUGAAUGUAUGAAUGUAAUUUUUGUAACAUAAAUUAAUUAUUAUUGGUUGUUCAAAAUACCAAUGUAUGCAUUUAAAAUUUAUAUAUCAUUGUAUGCUUAUUCCUCUGUGAGUAUUUUACCCCCUUAUUCAUAGACGUAAUUUAUCUAAGGACGGAGCAUUGCUGUGAUAACAAGACUGUUUCUCAGCUUUGUUUAUCAGAAAGCUUGCUGUUUGUUCAGCUUUGCUUAUCUGACAGCUUGCUGUUUGUUCAGCUUUGUUUACCUGACAGCUUGCUGUUUGUUCAGCUUUGUUUAUCUGACGGCCAACUAGUUCAAGUUGUACUUAUCUCAAUAUCAGCCAAUCACAACGGCCCUAUGCCUACGCACUGCGAAGGUUGCCAUGGCGUCAGCAUUGAGAAACAGACUUGUUACCACAGCAAUGCUGCGUGCUUAGAUAAAUAAUGUCUAUGAAUAAGGGGGUUAGUAUUUUUAAUCAACUCAUAUCUUCAUAGGAGCUUUUAGUGACUAAUAAAUAUUUGCAAAAUAUACACUAUAACUGUUACUAGAUAGUGCUGGAAGAGCAAAUAUGUGUCGUGUUUAAGAAUAUUACAUAAUUAUUGUGUACUGA